UAUUGCUUUUCUUAUCAAAUUAAAUGAAUCAAAUUAUUUCUUUUUUAUUUUUAAAGUGUUGUAAAUAAAUUUAUAUGUUUAAUAUUAAAUUGCAUGUCUACUGGGGUGAAAAGUUCCCAGCUAUACUAUGAGAAAAUUAUAUAAUAUCAAGUGGAUCGGCAAACAUUUGAAACUUGAAUUGCCAAUUUUACCUAAAUUAUUCUCUCUAGAAUUUAGAACCUCUUGUAAUUUUUUAUUUUUCCCACACAAAGAUAGAUCUCCCCACCAUCAACUCCCCUACCAUAACAUUCAACAAAUGAAUUUUUAUCUGCACAAAAUUAAUACAAUCUUGGAAUGACUGAACUAAUACUAUUUUUUAACAAAUUCCCAUUUUAUAUUAUUCCCAUCUAUGCCUAAAAACUUUUCUUUAUUACUUCCAACUUGUUGUUAAGUGUUGAUUAUGAAAAACCCUUCUCAUGUAAUUAACAUAUCUUUCCAUAAAAAUAAGAAUUUUCCAAACAAUACCCAACUCAUUUUUGUUUAAUUCCAACACACCUUGCCAUAUAAUCAUUCUUCCAAAAUGGCAAAAUACAAACUUUUUUUUUUAUCCAAAUGCUAAAUUAAAAUAAAUUAGCAUAUUAAAAAAAAAUAGUCAACCACAUGUAGAUGAGAGCUGAAAGUGCAUAACUGCAUACCUGAAUAGAUUGUUUCUUCUCUAGACAAGUCUGAAAGAAUAACUCUUUCAAUCUUAUAAAAAAGCCUGAAGAGAUAAAGAAACACCUCACAUUUGUCUCUUCAAGCUCCAAUAUAAACCCUAAAUUUAUUUUUUCCUUCUUCUGCAUAUAUUCCUCUUCGUAAAGAAACCCUAAUCCCUUUUGUGUCUUCCCAUACUAUACCUUUCUUUGAAUGGUCGAAACAACCAACGACUGGAUGCACUUUCUCCUCGUAGAGCGUUUUCUUUACGCGCUCUCUUCCUUUGGCUCCUGCAAACAGGCUUGGUACUAUCGUUGCCUUGGGCUUGACCCUUAGCUGCCCCCACCCCCUUUGGCUCUAUAAAUAUCAGAUAAAUCAAUCAAGAAAAUUUUCUUUUCUUUUCUUUUCUCGAAGACCCAGGUGGAAUCGGAUAAGAUGAAGAGAAAUGUGAGUGAGAAAUUGAUGUUGCACAGGCAAAAAAAGAAGGGUGAUGACAAGAAGAACAGGCUCUUGAUAACUAUUAACGUUCUUGGAAGUGCAGGGCCUAUAAGGUUUGUGGUGAAUGAAGAUGAUUCUGUUGCUGGGGUCAUUGACACUGCUUUGAAGACUUAUUCUCGAGAAGGUCGCCUUCCUGUUCUUGGCUCUGAUAUCAACAACUUCCUUCUCUACUGCGCAAAUGCUGGUUCUGAUGCUCUGAAUCCAUGGGAGGCAAUAGGAUCAGGAGGAGGAAGGAACUUUGUGCUGUGCAAGAAGCAAGGGCAGCCACAGAUGACCGAAGGGAGGUCGGAGAUGAUAGCCCACAAGGCAUCUGGUUGGAAGGCGUGGCUGAAUAAGUCCUUUAGUUUCAAGGUAUUGUCUCACUGAGUUGGAUUCCGUGCAAAACCUCCAUGCACACUUCCUAAGUGAUGUCAAAAUGUUUAAAAAUAUUUAAAUCCUGUACUGGGAUAUACAUAUACAUAUGGGGAAAACAUAAUAAUAAUAAUAAUAAUUGUGAGUCAAUACUCGACUGCUUGUCCAUGGGGUAGAUUGUGACGGUUCAAACUCGGGUAUUUGAUGUUGUUCUGUAAUAUUUAUAUAUAUAUAUCCAUACAGAGAAUAAUAUCUUUUUUGCAUAUCAAUAUUAGCAUUUAUAUAUAUUCUGAUAUCUUAUUGA